GCCGCGGCUGUCAUGGCGGCCUCGGCGUCCCGGCGGUGGGGGAUCUCGGCCUUGCUGCUGCUGCAGCUGCUGCUCCUCCCGGCCGACGCCGUCUACGAGGACCAAGUGGGCAAGUUUGACUGGAGGCAACAGUAUGUGGGAAAGCUGAAAUUUGCUUCCCUGGAAGCCUCCCAGGGCUCCAAGAAACUUAUUGUCGCCACAGAGAAGAAUGUGAUGGCUGCUUUCAAUUCCAGGACAGGAGAAAUCUUGUGGCGCCAUGUGGACAAGGGAACGGCAGAAGGGGUGGUAGACACCAUGCUGAUUCAUGGACAAGAUGCCAUCACUGUUUCCAAUGGGGGUCGCAUCCUUCGAUCCUGGGAGACCAACAUUGGAGGCUUGAAUUGGGAGAUCUCCAUGGACACGGGCAGUUUUCAGAUGGCAAGUUUGGUGGGACUGCAGGACUCGGUGAAAUACGUGGCGGUCUUGAAGAAAGGGGCGCUGUCCCUUCACUACCUCUCCAAUGGCCAUCAGAAAUGGGUGGAGCAGUUACCUGACAGCGAGAUUGUCCAGUAUCAGCUGGUGUAUUCUUAUGGAACUGGUGUGGUGUACGUCCUUGGGGUCUCUCCUCAAAGCUACGUGAACAUCCUCGCCUUCAGUGUUGAAGAUGGUGAAAUUACAAAACAGAAUAGGGUUGAAGCCCCCUGGAUAAGAAGCCUCAGCCAGUCUUGCAGUGUCGUGGGAGAGGCUGUGCUUGUGUGCCUGGACGUGGCCACGGCCUCCUUUUACACCUUGCCUCUGGACUCCAGCGAAGAGACGAAGCAGGUUCUGCUGGAGUCCCUUGGGCUUCAAUUCAUGGAGACUUUCCAGGCCCGUCUGUGGUCCUCUCAGCCGAAUCCUGCCAGCGCGUCCCGAGCUCAGUUCUUUGUGCAGCUUUCCCCGACCCACUUUGCACUGCUGCAGCAUCGGAACGGUGUGCUGAGCUUCCUCCGGGAUUUCCCGCAGGCGGGCCUUGUGACCUUUGCAACGACAAACGAGAAGACGGUGGCCGCGGUCCUGACGUGCAAGGUGGAAGUGGAAUUCCUGUCUUGCCACAACCGGUCCUAUGUAACUAACUUGUACUUGGCAGAAACUGGGCAAAGGUUGCUGGAUACAACCAUCACGUUCACCUUGGAGAAAAGCAGCCCCAGGCCUGAGCAGCUCUACAUUCAGGUCUUUUUGAAGAAGGAUGAUUCUGUGGGUUACCGGGCCCUGGUGCAAACAGCUGAUCACAUGCUCUUAUUCCUCCAGCAACCAGGAAAAGUGCUGUGGAGCAGAGAAGAAUCUCUGGCAGAAGUGGUCAGUCUGCAGAUGGUGGAUCUCCCCCUGACGGGCGCGCAGGCCGAGCUGGAGGGCGAGUUUGGGAAGAAAGCAGAUGGCUUGCUGGGCAUGUUCCUGAAGCGCUUGUCCUCCCAGCUCAUCCUGCUGCAAGCCUGGACCGCACACCUCUGGAAGAUGUUCUACGACGCCCGCAAGCCCCGGAGUCUGAUCAAGAACGAGAUCAACAUUGACAACCUGGCCAGGGACGAGUUCAACCUGCAGAAGAUGCUUGUGGUGGUGACGGCCUCAGGAAAGCUCUUUGGCAUCGAAAGCAGCUCCGGCACGAUCCUGUGGAAGCAGUACCUGCAAGACGUGAAGCCGGGCUCCUCCUUCAAGCUGAUGGUCCAGAGGACAACGGCUCACUUCCCCCACCCCCCGCAGUGCACCCUCCUGGUCAAGGACAAGGAGACAGGCCAGAGCAGCCUUUACGUCUUCAACCCCAUCUUUGGGAGGUGGAGUCAAGUGGCCCCUCCGGUGCUGAAGCGCCCAGUCCUCCAGUCGCUGCUUCUGCCCAUCAUGGACCAAGACUACGCCAAAGUGCUGCUUCUGAUUGACGACGAGCACAAGGUGACUGUUUUCCCAGCAACGAGGAAUGUCCUCCGGCAGCUGGAGGAAAUGGUCUCCUCUGUCUCAUUCUACUUGGCCGACGUGGAGCAGGGCAAGCUUACCGGGAGGCACCUGCGCAAGGACUUGACGACCGAGCAGAGCUGGGAGAUCACCAUCCCUACAGACAUCCAGCGGAUUGUGACUGUGAAGGGGAAGAGAGCCAACGAGCACGUCCACUCGCAGGGCCGCGUGAUGGGGGAUCGCAGCGUGCUUUACAAGUCUCUGAACCCGAACCUGCUGGCGGUGGUGACGGAGAGCACAGACAGCCACCAUGAGCGGACGUUCAUCGGGAUCUACUUGAUCGACAGCGUCACUGGCCGGAUCAUCCACUCCUCCGUGCAGAGGAAGGCCAGAGGACCCGUCCACAUUGUCCAUUCGGAAAACUGGGUGGUGUAUCAGUAUUGGAACACCAAGGCCCGCCGGAAUGAAUUCACGGUGCUGGAGCUGUACGAGGGGACAGAGCAGUACAACGCCACGGCCUUCAGCUCUCUGGACCGCCCCUUCUUGCCGCAAGUCCUCCAGCAGUCAUACAUCUUCCCCUCGGCCAUCAGCGCCAUGGAGGUCACCAUUACAGAGCGGGGUAUCACCAGCCGCCACCUGCUCAUUGGCCUUCCUUCUGGAGCCAUCCUUUCCCUCCCCAAAGCUCUCUUGGAUCCACGACGGCCAGAAAUCCCAACAGAGCAAACCAGGGAGGAAAACCUGAUCCCCUAUUCCCCAGACGUUCAGAUCCACGCUGAGAGAUUCAUCAACUACAACCAAACCAUAUCCCGAAUGAGGGGGAUCUAUACAGCCCCUUCAGGCCUGGAGUCCACAUGCCUGGUGGUGGCAUAUGGCCUGGACCUCUACCAGACCCGAGUCUACCCAUCCAAGCAGUUUGACGUCUUGAAGGACGACUACGACUACGUCUUGAUAAGCAGCGUGCUGUUUGGACUGGUCUUUGCCACCAUGAUCACGAAAAGGCUGGCGCAAGUGAAGCUGCUGAAUCGUGCCUGGCGAUAACCGGAGGGAGGGGCCUGCCUGGCUAGAAGGGCGGAGCCCAGCUGCGGGGAGUCGGGCUGAGUCGCCGGUUGCAUUGCAGGGGGUGUUGCGGGGAGCAAGACCCCAGGGCUGUCGUGUCUCUCAUUUUUUGGCAGGGUGACUCGUCAGAAAAGGAAAACGUUAAUGACUGCGGCAAAAUAAGGUGUGCAGGACAAAAGACUCUUGGGGGAGAAAUGACAGGGAAAAAAGAAUUUCCUACAAACUCACAAGAAAAUGUGAAACAACUUUUCCCUUUGGGCUGUAAUUUAAAACUCUUAUUGUAUAUCACUUUGAUUUCUCUUCCUGAACCGCCUUGAAGCAAGACUGGAUUUAAGAAUCCUCAGCCUGUCUCUGCUAAAAUUUAGGUUUGGGGAGGAGGGGCAAUGUUCUCCCCCCCUUGUCACUCAAAAAUAGCAUCUGGGAGUCUGAGGUUCAUGAAAGUUUGCCUGUGGUUUAGAAAUACUUUGUAUAUCUGGGUGGGGUGCUCGUUUAGGGAAAAUGUGGGAGAUGAAUACUAGUGAAAAUGGGUGUGAAGGCAGAACAAGGCCAUCAGUGAGACAGGAUUUGCGAAAGGGGCUGAAAGCACAAAGCAGCCCGAACAGUUCUCUGACUGCACUGAACUUUCACCUUUUAUUUCUAGGGGGGAACCCUGUUCGUCAGACUUUCUUGGUGAUAUUUUUGCUUACAGCUAAAUUAUUUUGAACUAUAUGUAGUGAAUGUGACCACUUGAAUUUAACCCCCCCUCCCCCAGUGUUGGCUCAUGGGUCUACUUGAAACUUGUUUAGAAUAACAAGUGCUUUUGACCAUUGA